AUGGCAUUUAAAAAUAAGAAGAAGAAUAAAACAACUGCAGCAGCUCAACCACAACUAGGAAAUGAUGCAAGUACAUCAUAUCAGCAGCCAGUAAUUGGUACACCUCUACCAGCUUAUCAAGAAAUGAUCAAGAACCUUGUAGAUGUAGCCCAUAGUAGUGAUGCUUCAUUUUGUAGCUUGUUGCUUGAUUAUAUCAAGGAGCAUGGGAUAGAAAAGGUAAAUGAGUUAUUGGAUUAUAUCGAAAAGAUGAAGGAAUACAUAAAUAGCAAACUUCUAGAUAUUGAUUUAUUAUUUAAUGACCUAUGUGACGCACAUAAUAGCUAUUUUAAUACCACAAAUACUGCAAUGCAACAAAAAAAAAGAGAAUAUGCAAUGCGCAAGGUAUUAGCUGAAUUUAUUCUUGAUGAUUCAUUUUUUAAUGUAAAUGAGCUAUUGGAUUGUAUCAAAGACGAAGAUGUGAAAAAGAUGGCAAAGAAUGUGUAUGCAAAGUUGUAUAAAGAUGUAAAAUCAAUGACUGAAAAGCUGAAUGAUGCAUAUGAUGAACAGAAUCAUGUUAUAACCCAAUUAGCGGAGUUUGAUGCUGUGCUUUUUGAUUAUCUAGAAAAUAACAAUCCUAAGGAAAUAUCGAUUUCAAUAAUGAAGAUGAACAACAAGGAAGCAAGUAAAAUGGCAAUGGGUACGUAUAUGCGUAAAGUGAAAAAAGUAUAA